AUGGACGGAGUUGACAAUGUGGAAAAAUUUACGGAAAAUUUAAAAAGCAUUCGGGAAAAACUUCAUGCUACCCCGUUGCCAGUUCAGUUUCCAAUUGGAGCUGGUCGGGAAUUAGAGGGGGUAGUAGAUGUAAUAGAACAAAAGGCUUAUUACUGCCAAAUGGGCGAUAAGGAGGAAAAAUAUCAAAUAAAAGACAUUCCACCAAAAUUGUUAGAAGAGGCCAAAAAAUAUCGCCAAGAAUUACUAGAAAAAAUAAUUGAACAGGAUGAGGAGUUGGCAAUGAAAUAUUUAGAAGGUCAGGAAUUAUCGAUUGAAGAAGUUAAAAAACUGCUUCGUAAGGCCACUCUCACCGGCAAAUAUUUUCCAGUCUUCUGCGGCUCGGCUUACAAGUACGUGGGAGUAAAAUUAGUUUUGAACGGGGUGGUAGAUUAUUUGCCUUCUCCUUUGGAUAUAACUGAAAUACCUGCUUUUUCCCCCCACGACAAAAAUAAUCAGAAAAUAGUUAAUUGUCAUAGUCCUUUGUCUUGUUUGGCGCUGGCCUUCAAAAUCAUGGUUGAUAACUACAAUAAUAAAUUGACCUUUUUUCGAGUUUACGCCGGAGAAAUGACCGCUAAUUCCUACGUCUAUAAUGUCAGCCAAGGGAAAGAAGAAAGAAUUAGCCGCUUGGUAAGAAUGCACGCUAAUAAUAAGGAAGAAGUUAAAAAAGUAGGAGCCGGCGACAUUGCUGCUGCUAUUGGUUUAGAACGCACUAUUACUGGAGACACAUUUGGGGAAAAAAAUAAUCCUUUGCUCCUCGAAACCAUUGAUUUUGCCGAGCCAGUAAUUUCCCAAGCCAUUGAGCCAAAAACUAAUGAGGAUAAAGACAAAUUGAGGGACGCGCUGGAAAAAUUAAAAAUCCAAGACCCUAGUUUUAAAUAUUGA